AUGUGGGUCCUUUUGGGUAACACGCUCUUUACUGACAAGAGCAGUACCCGUGCUCACCCUUCUAUUCUUAGUGAGUUGUGUAUGGAGGAUAACCUGGAGAGGUUGACAAGAUACUCUUGGGGUUCAGCCAAACUAGCGUACUUGUAUCGUCAGCUCGGGCAUGCCACCCGAAAUGGAUGUGAUUCUAUCGCGGGUUGUUUGGCUCUUCUACAGGCUUGGAUAUACGAGUACUUUCCAUGUUUUUUGCCUCACCAAGGUAUUUUGACACGAGACUUCCCUCAUGCUCAUGCAGGGUUAUGGGAUGUUGGUAUGACGCGGAAGCAUCAACAGCAUCUCGUGUCCUUUCGUACUCGACUUGACCAGCUGGGUGACCAUGAGGUAUGCUGGUUGCCGUACGGAGCUUUUCCUGCACAACAGGUGCCUAGGACUAUGUUUACGGGAUGUAUUCGCUAUCGGGGCAUCAUAGAUCCAUAUAUGCUCGAUCGAGUUGUUCGACAAUUGGGGUUUAUACAAGAGAUUCCCGGUGACAUGAUUAGGCCUGAUGAUGCUCAAAGACCACUUAGUGUGAAGUCUUAUAGGGUCAGUUUUUUAGCUCAGAUGACCACUCUCAUGUGGGAUAGAUUUGUCCACGAUGCUGCUCUACUUGGUGGAUAUACUAGAAUUCCACGUGGCGGACAUACUUGUGCACCUAACUACCCAACAUGGUUUAGGAGAGUUAGCCAUCCUAUCACCACUCCUAAUGUUGAGGAUGAUCAUGGUCUUCCUCAGAGGACCAACGUUGAUUACUGGGUAGGGCGAUUCAUGGUUACGGCACAACGAUCACUUAGUGAGUACCCUACGCUAUCUAGGGAUACCAGAGCAAUGUUGGGGCAGGUGAUUGCUGUUUGGGAUGCAAUAAAUGGACUUAGAGAUUAA